GUAUACCCAGCGGCGUCAACAAUUUUUUUCAUGUACCCACUUAUGUCUUUAUUUUGACCCACUUUUGUCCAAAUUGUACCCACUUGUGUCCACUUACGGACGGCGGAAAUCGAGCGGAAAUCGACCUCCACGUCACCGCACGGCACAACAUCGAUAGCCUCGGAACGUCUCCGAACCUCCCAACUCCGUAUCCAUGGCAUCUUCCCUAUCCAUGGCUGCCGACUGCGGACCGACUGCGGAGGAACAUGUCAGAAACAUUCCAGGCCCCUUCGGUACCGGCACGGGAGUAUACCAGGCACGGGAAGAUGCUCACGGCAAGCCCGGCAACAAGCAACGCACUAACGGCACGCCACAAAUAAAUGUGUGGCACACAACGGACAACCUGCCCGACCUUGGGGGUGCUCACAACCUACCCCCAAGGUAGUGGGAUGGAAAUGGUCCAGAUGGUAGCAGAGGGAGUUACAUGUAAUUCUGCGCUGUCGAGACCAUAAGUUGGUGCUAAAAAGCAAGACCUUCAGGUACCCAACAGUCAGAUGUCAACCACCGAGUAUCCUGGCAGACCCUGGGAACCACAUCAUAACAAUUGUCAUACCAAAGCAGCUCUACCAAAGAGAUGGCGCGGACAAAAGGAUACCAUGACGACCCAAAUGAUGAUCCCGAGAGAGUAACAACCAUAGACAUAACUAGUAAUAUUACCGAAUUGGACUCUUCCCAAUCGGUGGAGAUUUACCGAAAGCUCGGUGCACAGAUGCGUUCACUACGAGGCGAGUCUGCCGUGUGUUCUGCUCGAUUCAGCCGUCACGGCGCGCCAUUCACGACUUCCAGAUUCGCUCUGCGCGCUGCGGUAUCGCUGAACAAAGCUGGGUUGCGGGGGGUCGCCCGUUCAUUUCGCAAGACACUCGCUUUCGAAUCUUCGGAGGGGUUGCUGGAAACGUGGACUUUUUUUUGUGCUCGCUCGCGCAGAUACAUAAGCGCUUUUUUCUUGCAGCAUGUGGCUUGCCAGAGUGUUUGGGUACAAGCGCGCCGCCUGCGGCCUCGAGCUUCGACGUGGUGGCAGAGUUUCGUCCGCCUGAAGUCGUCGACCGGAAUUUCCGGUGACGUCACACAUACUUUCGCCAACAUAAGGGUUCCGUCUCUUUGGCUGAACGUCGGAAAUCGGCCCAGCCGCGCGUGUUCAGCCCACAGGAAUACGUUUUUAAAAAAAAUUGGGUGUGGCGUGCUACUUUUCUGCGCCGGUGCCAUCCCGCACCCUUUGGGCUACGGAGUACAUCUCCGUGCUGAGCUUUCGUGUGGGUGUGUUUGGGUCCGGUGCUGGAUCUUCACGCAUGGAAUGCGGAGAGUCAUUCAAAAUUUUAGGCGGGUGUCGACUGCAAAGAGCACGCUUUAUGGGAAUUCGGUUCUUCUCAUGGAAUAGUGCCUGUUCCGAUGCGGCGUAACCUCAGGUGCGGCGUAACUACAUGUAACGCAUUGUCUGAAUUUGAUCGCGGAUAAUUUGAAUUUUGACGUGUUAUCACUGUAUCUGCUGCUCGGAAUGCGGCGAAACGGAGCCUUGAUUGUUGACGGACUCUCGAUUAAUUUGAUGUUUGGGGCGUGCCUUGACUGUAAGUAACGUUUCAUCUUCGUGCGCGUUCUAAGCAUAAAUAUCAGCUAUGAAGAAGCAUAAAUAUCUGCUGCUCUGAAUGCGGCCUAAUUGCUGAAUAAAACGUAACGCUUCGUCUUUAUCACGAAGAACGGAUGGGUCGCCCCGCCCCCACUAAAUCAUUCCCUCCAGCUUCCACCUUUACUACAAGUUUCGCACCCCGGAGUGAAAAUGUUCUCUGGGUCUCCUGCCAAAAAGAUCAAAUCUUCCUCCUCAACCUCGAAGCGUAAGUUUAUAGCCGGCAAUCCUCUUUGGCCUUGCCCAAGCAUCGUCUGCGUUCCCGGACUUCUGAAGGCGGUCCCCAAAACCAACGGAGGCCUUUUUUCGCCGUGCGAUCAGAAGGACUCCCAAGACUCCACCACCUGCCAGGUUUCCUGCUCUAUACUCAGCGCUCGCGGGUCUGACCCUCCUAUCUGCCAGCUCUGCUUGACUUCCGUUGGAGGAACUCCGUCUCUCGGUGUGCUUUCGGGGGAGAAGAACUCUCAGGGCCGCGACGAGUGGCUGAAUAUUCACGCCUGUUGGACGAUCUGCUGCGGGGCGAAGACCUCCGACGGAGAAAAAUACAAGAACGCCACGCUCGCCACCGGCGACAUCGUUGGGCGCGCCUGCAAGUGCUCAAACCCGGCAUCCGACGUUGAGGACAUCACCCACGGCUGCACCGGCGAAAUCGAGGAAGGAGACUACGUCGUCAAGGACUGGAUCGACCCACCGCUUCACCUUCACUGCGCCAAGCGACUGUGGCGCGCCAAGGUCGACGAGAUCCUCACUUCCAAACAAAACCUCAAGGACAUCGGCACGACCGCCCAGAAGGAAAGCGCGCAGCCUUCGGCGCCGGCCAUCGACCUCUAAAGAUGGACCCUUCAUCUGCACAAGGCGCGCCUUUGACCUACGACGAACUCAUCGUCGAGGCGGAACACGUCAACGACUACCAAUACAAUGAAGUUCUCCUCCUUCGCGAAUACGAAGAAGAACAGACGCAAUUUGAAAUAUACUGCCAAGAUAUGUGGCGUUGGUUUCAAAAUUAUGUGCCGUCGUGGGCACCUUUCAACUAGACCACGACUUUGUUCGUGGAAUGCAGGAAUAGUGCUUAGACACAGUAUUUGUUGCAGGAUCUAUACCCAAAAUUAUGGCGUUGAUUUCAGAAUAGUUGUGCCAUCGUGGGAACCUUUCAGCUAGACCACGAACUUUGUUCGUGAACUUUGUUAUUAGAAUGCAGGAAUAGAGUGUCCUGCUUUUGUUGCAGGCUCUUUAUUACCAUUCGUCGGCACCUUUCAGCUAUAGACCACGAACUUUCAUCGUUCAAUGUAAGA